GUCCCGGAGUGCAGCCGCGCGCGGUCCCGCCCGCGCCGUCGCCCUGGCCCGCUCCAUGCGCGCCCCCCGCGCCGCCGCCGUCGCUGCAUGGCCCCCGGGCCCGCCAUGACUUCGGUGCAGUGCGCAGCCCGAGCCGGGGAACCGCCGGUCCAGGCCCGCAGCAAGGCGGCCCCCGGGGGCGCCAUGCGGGGCGAGGAGGAGGAGGAGGAGGAGGGCGAGAAGCCUCGCGCGGCUCUGCUGCCCUUUAGCGUGGAGGCGCUCAUGGCCGAGCCCCGCAAAUCCGGCAGCGGGCCCCGCGACGGGCUGGCGGAGCGCGGAGGGCACGCGGCUCGCCCCCCAGCAGCCCCCAGUCCCCGGCCGGCGAGGGCUUCCGCUUCGCCAUCGGUCCUGCCCAGCCCGUUCGGGGUCGGAGCCUUCGUGAAAGUUCCCGAGGAAACUCUGGUCAAGGCCGAAAGCCCGGAGAAGGCCGACCGCUCGCCCUGGAGGCCCGCCCGCCGCUUCUCCCCGUCGCCGCCAAGGCGCUCCAGCCCGCCGGCCUGCACGCUCCGCAAGCACAAGACGAACCGUAAACCCCGGACGCCCUUCACCACGGCUCAGCUCCUGGCGCUGGAGCGCAAGUUCCGCCAGAAGCAGUACCUCUCCAUCGCAGAGCGCGCCGAGUUCUCCAGCUCUCUCAGCCUCACGGAGACGCAGGUGAAGAUCUGGUUCCAGAACCGGCGCGCCAAGGCCAAGCGGCUGCAGGAGGCCGAGCUGGAAAAGCUGAAGAUGGCCACCAAGCCGCUCCUGCCGCCCGCCGCCGCCUUCGGCCUCUCCUUCCCGCUCGGCAGCCCGGCCGUGGCCGGCGCCUCUCUCUACGCCUCCGGAGGCCCCUUCCAGCGCGCCACCUUGCCCGUGACGCCCGUCGGGCUCUAUGCGGCCGCGCACGUCGGGUACAGCAUGUACCACUUGGCGUAGGCCGAAAGCAGGAGCAGCCCGGACCCUCCGCUGCCCUGGCGGGGCCACCCUGCACGGACAGCCCUUCGGAGGCGCCGCGGCCCUUGGCUGCCUCCCCGCGAGGAAGGAGCACAGCGGCCCAUGUACAAUAUUGUACAGUCGAAAAAGUUAU